AUCAACAUGGACGCUUCUCCAACCCUGAGCACGGUUCAGUUCUCCGACCUGAACCCAACCUUUACUCCGCAAACCUCAACCCAGUUUUCAUCUUCUCCAAUAAACACAUUCUCCUCCUCCCCCUCCUCACAGUUCUCACAGCAGUUAAACUUACAACAACUCUAUACUCUAGCUGUAGCAGAGAGGAUGAGAUUCAUCCAACCUUUCAAUCCAUUCCCGCAUUUCUUCCAACCUCAGAUGACUCCACAAUAUCAAUCCUCUCCUCCUCCAGAUCUUGCUAUGUUUCCAAUGGCUAAACUUGAUCCACGACUCUUUAGAAUACCAUUCCCUGAAGAACCUAAACCCCAACACUCCUACAUAGGACUGAUAGCCAUUGGAAUCUUGAGUUCUGAGGACAAAAAGUUGGUUUUAGCGGAUAUUUAUCAAUAUCUUUUGGAUAAUUUUGCAUAUUUCCGACACAGAGGACCUGGUUGGAGAAACUCAAUCCGACACAAUCUAUCUUUAAAUGAUUGUUUUAUCAAGGCUGGGAGAGCAUCUAAUGGUAAAGGACAUUACUGGGCAGUCCAUCCUGCUUGUCAACAAGAUUUCCAGAAAGGAGAUUUCAGCCGGAGGAAGGCUCAGAAACGGGUACGAAGGUAUCUGGGUAUGAAUCUGAGCUUGGAAGAGGAUGAUCAAACCCCUCCCUCUUCUCCUACCAAUGUUCUAGACAUCCUACCUGCUGAACUUGAAGAUUCAGAUGUAGAUAUAGAAGAGAAGGUCGGAGAAAAACAACAGACUUGGUACAUUAAACCCAACCUUGCCACCAGUCCUUCUAUACUACCCGGAGUAAAUAUUCUCUCCUCUCCGGAUCUAAAACCUAUCCUGGAGACAGAUAUUCUUGCAAUUAAACCUGAAACAAGGAAUGAGAUUCUCCGAACCAACUUUAGCAUUGCACAGCUCUUGAGACCAUGAAUUUUUAUAUUUUAUAUUGUGAUAUAUUCUAUGUUAUAUUAUAUAUAUAUGUAAACUCCAUAUA